AUGGCUUAUGGCUUGCCUGCUGUUAGUUUUGAUUGUAAGUCAGGACCAGCUGAUAUUAUUACCCAUGGAGUAGAUGGUUUAUUAGUAGAAGAUGGCAAUACAGAUAAAUUAUAUAAAUCAUUAGAUAUGCUGAUGUCUAAUAAAGAAUUAUGCCAGAAGUUUGCACUAAAAGCAAUAGAAACACGGAAACGCUUUAGUAUUGAAAAGAUUGCUAGUAAAUGGCAACAACUAUUUGAAGAAUUAUCUAAUUAA